UCAGUCUGCCCAGUCGUCCACAGCUCACAACCCGCGGAUUUACAAUCAACAAUUGACACAUAUUUCUGACCAGGGAUACAUUUAUCUCACACCGAUAUAUUUUCUAAAUAUGAGGUGGUUCGUUUCUCCAAACAUGGUCUAGCUAGUGUCUCUGAGGCAGCAGCAGCUAGCACUGAGCCAGGAUGUCCAGCAGCUCGGGCUACCCCCCCACCCAGGGGAGCUUCGGCAACGAGCAGGGUCGCUACCCAGCACACUCUGUCCAGUACUCCUUCACCGGCUCACGCCACCAGCAGGAUUUCUCCAUCCCAGACUAUCGGACUCACAUGCAAGAUGCUCAGGGUCGAAGGAGACCAUCGUUAUUGUCUGAAUUCCACCCUGGAACUGAAAGGCCUCCAGAGAGACGCCAUGGUUACGAACAGCAGUUUCACUCGGCGCAGUCUGAGCAUGAGGCCUUGGAUUCUAAACGCCCUCGCAUGGAGACUGUUGCCGAGGCUCACAUCUCACGAACACCUUCCACUGCCGGGGGGAUUCUCAUGCCCAUAGGCCAUUCAGUACAGGACAGUCUGAGAACCUCUGCAGACGUCAAAAAGGACUCUCAGUUCUCUGUCAAAGUAGAGUCCACUUCCCAAGGAGGACAUGCACUACACAUGGGGGAUGACCAGGACGCUUCUCCCUCUAAACUGUCCAAGGAGGAGCUGAUCCAGAGUAUGGACCGUGUGGACCGAGAGAUCGCUAAAGUGGAGCAGCAGAUUUUCAAGCUAAAGAAAAAGCAGCAACAACUGGAAGAGGAAGCAGCAAAGCCGAUGGAGCCAGAAAGGCCAGCGACCCCUCCCCCAGUGGAGCACAAGCAUCGCAGCAUAGUCCAGAUCAUCUACGAUGAAAACAGGAAAAAAGCUGAAGAGGCCCAUAAAGUCCUGGAAGGCUUUGGUCCUAAGGUUGAGCUGCCCCUCUACAAUCAGCCAUCAGACACAAAGGUGUACCAUGACAACAUCAAGACCAACCAAGUGAUGAGGAAGAAGCUGAUUCUGUUCUUUAAGAGGAGGAACCACGCUCGUAAGCAGAGGGAACAGAAGAUCUGCCAGCGCUACGACCAGCUGAUGGAGGCGUGGGAGAAGAAGGUUGAUCGAAUGGAGAAUAACCCCAGACGCAAAGCCAAAGAUGGCAGAACACGGGAGUAUUACGAAAGGCAAUUCCCCGAGAUCCGCAAGCAGAGAGAGCAACAGGAGCGAUUCCAGAGGGUUGGACAAAGAGGAACAGGCCUUUCUGCGACAAUCGCAAGAAGCGAGCAUGAGAUUUCUGAAAUCAUAGAUGGCCUUUCUGAGCAGGAGAACAACGAGAAACAGAUGAGACAGAUGUCAGUCAUCCCGCCCAUGAUGUACGACACUGAGCAGAGGAGAGUGAGGUUCAUCAACAUGAACGGCCUGAUGGAUGACCCUAUGAAGGUGUACAAAGCCCGGCAGUUUAUGAAUGUUUGGACCGAACAUGAGAAGGAGAUCUUUAAGGAGAAGUUUGUCCAACACCCAAAGAACUUUGGCCUUAUUGCCUCUUAUUUGGAGAGAAAGUGUGUUGCCGACUGUGUCCUUUACUACUACUUGACCAAGAAGAACCACAACUACAAGACGCUGGUGAGGCGGAACUAUGGCAGACGGAGAGGACGCAACCAGCAAAUAACGCGUCCCUCACAAGAAGAAAAGUCAGACGAGAAAAACGAAGAGGAAAAAUCUGAGAAAUCCGAGAAAAAAGAGGACGAGGAAAAGAAGGACGAGGAAGAGAAAGAUGAAAAGGAGGAUUCUAGGGACAUUGGCAAGGACAAAGACAAGUGUGACGGUGGGGAGGACGAGGACGGAAAGGAGCAAAACACGCCGCGUGGCAGGAAGACUGCCAACAGCCAGGGCCGCCGUAAGGGAAGGAUCACCACACGCUCCAUGGCCAAUGAGGCUGCAUCUGUGGCGGCUGAGGAGGUACCUCCCCCCGCCCCCGAGCCUGCCUUGCCAGAUCCUCCGCUGCUCCCCAAGCCGGAUCCAAUGCAGAAGUCACUGAAGGAGCCUGCAAAACCCCAGACUCCAGUAGCUUCCAUGGAUGCUAACAAAGCUGGUGCAGGUGAAACCGGAGAAACUUCUCGCUGGACCGAGGAGGAGAUGGAGGUCGCCAAAAAAGGUCUAGUUGAGCACGGGCGAAACUGGACCGCCAUCGCCAAAAUGGUGGGCACCAAAAGCGAGGCACAGUGCAAGAACUUCUAUUUCAACUACAAGAGACGUCACAACCUGGACAACCUGCUCCAGCAGCAUAAGCAGGAUACACGGCGGGCACGUGCCGAUAGGUCUCAAGGUGAAGGUCUCGCUAAUGCGUCACCUGAUGAUGAGGAUGACGACGAUAACGCCGAUGACAGUGAAGGCGGUGACAACAGCUCCGAUACAGAGAGCGCUCCCUCCCCCUCUCAGUCUGGAGACUCGAAGAGGGCAGACGGCGCUGCAGGAGAUGCUCACUGCUCUGAUCAGGACAAAGGUCAAGCCAGUAAUGGAAAGGGCCUGGAGCCUUUAUACGGCGGACUCUGUGUAAAGGAGGAGAAAAGCCCCGAGAGCGAGAGCGGAUCUCAGGAGGAGAAGGCCAGGAUGGGUCCAUACGGAGGCUCGGUGCACCCCAAAACCGAACCUCAGGACACGGACAUGAACUCCGGAGAGGUUCAGGUGAAGAUGGAGCCUGAGAUGAAGGAGAGAGGAGAGAAAGGAGAUCACAGCGAGAGGCACAGGGAGCUCCACUCAGAUAAUGACUCCAGCGCCACCUGCAGUGCUGACGAGGAUGUGGAAGCAGAGCCUGAGAGACAGAGAAUGUUCUCCAUGGAAAAGCCUUCGAUGCUCAACCCUCAGGGCUCGGUGCUGGUGUCUUCACCCAAGCAAGCCCAACUCAACAUCCAGCAGAUGCAGAAGAGGGCAGCUGCCAUCCCACCUAUGAUGCCUGGUUCUUAUGGCCCCGGUGGUGUGCCAAUGAGUGGCUUUGCCAUGUUGCAGCACCAGAUCAAAGCAGUACACGAUUCAGCGCACCAGGAAGAGAAGCAGCGACAGGAUCACGGAGACCUGGAGCGAAGACCGCCCUUCAACACCCGCAGCCCCACUGUUAUAGACAGAGAUGGGCAUGGUGGUCUGGACUAA